AUGGAAGCGGAAGAGGCGGAGGCAGAAGAGGUGCCAGGCCUGGAUGAGCCGGAGGUGGCUGAAGAGCUCAUGGAGGUGGAAGACGGGCUUGAGCCGCUAGAUGAGGCAGAGCCGGAAUUCUUUGAGGCUGUAGAGCCGGAGGAUGAGUUGGAGCCAGAGCAACCCGAGCUGGGAGAGGCAGAGGUUGAGGAGCUCGAGGCAGAAGCGCUUGACGAGUUCGAGGACGCGCAGGAGUUUGAAGACCUGGACCUGCUUGACCAGCCGGAGGAGCCGCCGGAGGAGCAGCCGGAGGAGCAGCCGGAGGAGCAGCCGGAGGAGCAGCCGGAGGCUCCGGCUUGGCUAACCAAGAGCUUCUGGAAAAGAGACCAAUUCUGGUCCUUGCGCCUUCGCCAGAAGUUGCGAGCCCCCGAAGACGCAGUCUUAUUCUGCCAAGAGCUUGGGCGAAGGAUCGAGGAGGCGCAGGGUAGCGGCGAAAUGCUGGUCUUUGAAGAUUUUGAUAUUUCCCAGAACGCCAUUCCGUGCGAGCAGCUGGAGAGCAUCUUCGCCACCAUCGCCGAUAUUCAGAUCGAGCGAUUCCGCGCCUUCGGCAUCCCUACGCUGGAUGACACCGUGGCACUGCAGCUGGCUGGCUGGCUGCAAGGAGUGACUUCCGAGAACGUUCCCCGGGAGCUUCACCUGAGUGACUGUGCCAUCACGGCUGUGGGGUUCCGCGCGAUCAUGGAAGGCCUUGCAGAGAACGAGGUCUUCCCAGCGCCGGACAGUCGAAAUGCGGAGAAGGCGAAGUUGCCGCUCUACUUGAGGGUGGAGGGCAACUACAUCGACACCGCGGCGAUUCAGGAGGCGCUGGAUGAGGGCGCUGCAGAGAAGAUCACGAAGACUGGUGGCUUGGGCCACUCCGACACCGUGAAGUGCCGGAUUUUGGUGCGUGAGGGAGAGAAUCCCUUUCAGCAGAGGGAGGGUCAGCCGCCAGCUCCGGAGGACGCUCCCCCGCCCAAACCGGUAAGGGACAAGGGCAAGGGCAAAGGCAAACAGGGCAAAGGUGCCAAAGGAUACGGCGCAGACAGAUGGUCAAAGGAUUGGAAGUCAGAUCGGGAAUCCGGAUGGUCUUCGGGAGUGAAGUGGAAUGAUUCCAAGUCAGGCAGCAAGUGGAGUGAUUCCAAGCCCACGGACAAGUGGAAUGUCCUGGACAACAGAUGGAAUGAUUCCAGGCCGAAGGACGCCAAAUGGAACGAUUCCAGCUCCAAACAGAAGUGGAAUGAGGCGUCUCAGGGCAACAGAUGGAACGAUUCCAAGUCCAACUACAGCAAGUGGAAUGAUUCCAAGUCCACGGAGACCAAGUGGAAUGAUUCAAAGGACUCGAAGUGGAACGAUUCCAGCUCCAAAAGUAAGUGGAGUGAGUCCAGGUCAAAAGGAGCUUGGGAGAACUCCAAGUGGGAGGACUCCAAAUGGGACUCUAAGAAGUCCCAGAGUUGGGGCAAUAAGAAUUGGGAGGAGAAGUCAAAUUGGAAGGACGAUUGGAAGCAGAGCUCAGACGCACCCCGUGCCCUAGCGGUGUCGCCCAAAGCGAGCGCCAAGGGCAAAGCGAGCGCCAAGGGCGCAAGCGCUCGCCCCUUCACAGCCUUCAGAGGCCCCACUCGAGGCAGUGCUGCGGAAAUGACGCGGAAGCGGGAGUCAAGGUCCAGCCUAGAGGCGCCUGCGGCGAAGCGGGCGAGAGGAGGACAUGAGAAGCCGCUGCCUCCCGGCUGGGAACAGCACUGGAGCGAGCAGUACAGCGCCAACUACUAUUGGAACACGAAGAAUGGGACCUCCACCUGGGAGCGGCCGAGCUCGACGCAGCUGCCGGACAGCCUGCGGCCAAAGGAUGCCGCAUGGGAACAGGCCAAGAAGAAGCGGCUCUCUGGCUUGGAUGCGCACAAGGCCAAUAUCCUAGCAGCAAAGGCUGUCGCUGACUCCGUCCGUAGCUCCAUGGGGCCCAGAGGCAUGGACAAGAUGGUCGUCGGCCCUGAUGGGGAUGUGACAGUGACCAACGACGGCGCGACAAUCCUAGAGAAGAUGGAUGUGAACCACCAGAUUGCGAAGCUGCUGGUGGAGCUCUCCCAAUCCCAGGACCAUGAGAUAGGCGAUGGUACCACAGGUGUGGUGGUCAUGGCUGGUGCGCUGCUGGAGAAGUCUUUGGACCUCAUUGAGAAGGGCAUCCACCCGUUGCGCAUCGCUACCGGCUUCGAGAAGGCAUGCGAGGUUGCUGUGAAGAAGGUGUCGGAGAUAGCAAAAGUUGUGGACAUCCAGGCAGACGACCAGGCGGCUUUGCGGAAAGCAGCAAGCACUGCCUUGGGCUCCAAGGUGGUCAGCAGCCGCAAGGACCAGCUGGCCAAGAUUAGCGUCGACGCCGUGUUGGCGGUGUGCGAUCUUGCUCGCAAAGAUGUGAACUUCGAUCUGAUCAAGGUGGAGGGCAAGGUGGGCGGCAAGUUGGAGGACACCUGCCUCAUCCAGGGCAUUGUUGUUGACAAGGACUUCAGCCAUCCUCAGAUGCCCAAGACGGUCAAGGACGCGAAGAUGGCUAUUUUGACGUGCCCCUUCGAGCCGCCCAAGCCGAAAACGAAGCACAAGCUGGACAUCAGGACGGGCGAGGACUACAAGAAGCUCUACGAGCACGAGCAGAAGUACUUCAGAGAUCAGAUCAAACUAAUUGAGGCAUCAGGUGCCAAUUUGGUCAUCUGCCAGUGGGGCUUCGACGACGAGGCAAACCAUUUGCUCUUCCAGCACAAGCUGCCGGCCGUGAGGUGGGUCGGUGGGGUGGAGCUGGAGCUCAUUGCCAUUGCCACCGGCGGCAGGAUUGUACCUCGAUUCGAGGAGUUGACUGCCGAUAAGCUGGGCAAGGCGGGCCUCGUCCGGGAAGUGACCUUCGGCACCAUGAAGGAGCAGAUGCUCAUCAUCGAGGAGUGCGGGAAAUCCAAAGCCGUGACGGUUCUGGUGAGGGGCGGCAACCAGAUGGUGGUGGACGAGGCCAAGCGCUGCCUACACGACUCCAACUGCUGCGUCAGGAAUCUGAUCCGAGAUCCGCGCGUGGUGCCAGGGGGAGGGGCCAGCGAAAUGGCGGCCUCGCUGGCGAUCCUGGCUGCUGCGGACAAGGAGCAGACCAUGGACCAGUACAGCAUGAAGGCCUUCGCGACUGCCCUGGACGUGGUACCCAUGGCCUUGGCCGAGAACAGCGGCCUGCAAGGCAUUGCAGAAAUGGCGAAGCUGAAGGCGGCGCAGGAGACCUCUGGCAAUGCCUGGCAUGGAGUCGACUGCAUGCAGAAGGGGACCACGGACAUGUGGGAGCAGAACGUCUAUGAGGCCUGCGCGUCGAAGUGCAGUCAGCUCCGCCUGGCGACGCAGGACAUCACACUUGCGCAGGUGGUGAAGAUGAUCCUGAAGAUCGAUGACGUGAUCACAAGCGGUGAUGUCAUUGAUGCGUGGCCCAUGACCUACCUAGGUGGCGGCGGCCCUACACCUGUCGUCCAGAAGAGAAAGCUGAGACCGUUGCCCUGGGACCCCAAAACGGCAGAGGUGAUGAUAGAUGCGCCCAGCAUCAUCAAGUGGUACUGGAGCCAGACGCUGAAGAUCGAAAAGGAUCUGAACAUCGUCCACGACGAAUUCGCCUGGUGGCCUGCACGGAUCGCCCGCGCGGCGGAGGCGCUGGUGGACCGUUUCGGGAAAGACCGCCCGCCAUCGCCCUGGAGCCCCAUCAUCGUGGUCUUCGACCUACCAGAUGCCUCCAAGACCUGGAGCGGGCUGCAGGCGCGGCUGUUCAGAAUCCGGAUCGGCUACUUCGGCUGGCCGCCAGCUGUGGCAGGGAGCUCUUGCCGAGGUGAGGAGAUACCGAUCCCUGGCAAGACAAGGCGGUACUGGAAUGGCUAUGGCAUUCACCUCGCAGGUGCCGAAAGCAUCCAGAGCAUCAUGGAGGUGGUCAGAGAGAGGGUGGGACGCCUGCAGGGUGUCGCGGGCAGCCUCCUCCCGAACUCCGAAGCCGAAGAUUGGAACUCUCACCGGUGGCGAGAGAAGACUCCUAAGAACUGGAGGAGCUCACCGAAGAAGACCCAGGAGGGCCCGAGCCUUUUUUCUCCCAGCUCGCGGGCCGCGGUGUCGCCGUGGGGAUCGCCGAAGCGGUCUCAUACGAGGGCCACGGCCACGCCGGGCGGAGCCAACCGCCGAGAGGCGGAGCGCCAGGAGGAUCCCCAGGCGCACCUCCCUGGAUGCGGCGUGCCCUUCCGCUGCGCGGUCAUGUUGCCCACGCUGAUCAUGUUGGCCGCCUGCAUCGGGGUCUUCGUGCCUCUUGCCAUGUUCUCCCUGGAUGCGCAAAGGGCGACCUUCCGGAAUUAUGCCCACUCCGUCCGGACCCAGAAAGAGUUGAUCAGUGACAUCGUUUUAAACGCCACGCAAUGGGUGCUGCUGGAGGCCUCCAAAGCCGUGGAGCAGGCCAUCUUCGUAGGCAUCGUGGAGCCGCCGGACCGGGCGGUGGACACGCUGACGGGGGCCAUCCGCAUGUCGCGAAGCCGCGACGGCUGGGAUUUCACCUCUGAAAUGCAGCGGAGAGGGCUAGCACAUCGGGCAUGGGAGGAGCUGAACAACCAGUGGACCUGUACCCAACUGAACAACAAUCUCUGCUCCGGCAGAGCUUUGAGCCUCUAUGCAGUCCUUGACGAGCAGGAGAUUAUGGGCGCGGCCUUCCGGCCCAGUUACUGGGCCAAGACUCUGGCGAAGGAAGCGCCGUUUCUCCUGGAUGCGCCGGCUUCCAACAGCGGGCCGACCACCCUCUCAGUCUACGAGGCGCAUCCGCUGCACGGCGCGCGGGGGGACUUCUUCAUCUCCAGGCCUGUGGCGCCCAUGGAGAUGCCUUUCUUCCAGACCCAGGUGAAGUUGGCUCAGCAGGCGAAGUUGUCUGGUGAGACUGAGCCUGGACACGUAGAGGGGAAGAUGAAAAAGAUGUGGUCACCCGUGUACCUCUUCCAUCCCUGGUGGGAAGGUGAGAAUCCCACGACGGGUGGCCAGCUGGCUCUGUCCUGGACGUCGCCGCUCGCCAUUUGCGGCAACUACUCCUGCAUGGAUGGGGUGGUGGCGGCAGAUACGACCCUAGACCUGGUCAGCUACGAGUUGGCGCUGGCCUGGAUCCGGCUUCAGAGCAACCUCAGGGGCCCGCCCUGGAGCUUCGAGCUCUCCAGCUCCAACUCUAGCAUCUUUGUGGUGAAGCAGAUGUCACCAUCCUUUCAACACCAGGAAGGUUUGCUCAUUGGAGCUUCGGACUUCAACACCGCUUUGGAGGAAGGGAAAUUGAUCAAUGCCACGGAGUCGCCAUCCAAGCUGGUGUCUGCGACCGCGAAGGCGGUGCUAGAGCGGUUCGGCGCCUGGAACGCAACGGAGCUCACAAGGAAGGGGCAAGACCAGUCCUUCCACUUCUCUCUGAGGGACGCCCACGAGGGCCGGUGGCGGGAAUGCCAUCCACUCAUGGAGACCAAUUCUGAAGAUGGGGACUGGGAGGACAACUGCUAUCAGGCCACGACGCACACCAUUUUCCUGGACGACUCCUUGCAGUGGCUGGUGGUCGCCUCUCUGCCUGCGGCGGCCUUCAGCAAGUUUUACGUGGACCAGGCCAUGGAGGUGGAAGCGCAGGUGCAGCGAGAGCAGAUCGACGCUCAGAAGCGGCAGAGGGACACGCUCAUUGAGAGCGGCUUCCUGGGCCUCUUGGCAGCGGCGAUGGUGCUCAUCAUGGGCUUGGUCACCAGCUGCCUGGUGCUGCGGCCUUUGGGCCGCCUCAGCAUGCUGAUGAAAAGGCUCACCGCACUGGAUUUCGCCCACGACUCCGUGGAGUACCGAAAGUUAAGGAACGGCCACGCAAGGAUUCUGGAGGUCAACGAGUUGUCUGAUGGCUUUUGCCGGCUGUCACACUCCAUCGAGGUCUUCGCGCGCUUCGUGCCGGACUCGGUGGUGCGGCGGCUCAUCUCUGGGGACCCCAAGGCCUCGCGUCUGCAUGUGCUCCGGAAGGAAGUCUCCAUCAUGUUCUCGGAUGUCCGAGACUUCACCACCAUCUCGGAAGAGCUGAAACAAGAUGAUUUGAUUCUUUUGCUGACCGUGUACCUCUCGUUCAUGACGCGGGUGAUUGAGUCCUUUGAAGGCGUCGUCGGGGAGAUUCUCGGCGACGGGAUCCUUGCCUUUUGGAACACACCGGAUGAUGUCGAGGCUCAUGCGGCGAAGGCUUGCGCAGCUGCCUUGUCGCAGCAGCAGGCGUUGGGCCCUCUCAACGAAGAGUUUCGAAAGCUGGGCCUGCCGCCUCUGGCCAUCCGUAUUGGCAUCCACACUGGUGAAGUCCUCACCGGCAACAUCGGCUGCCUGUCCGGAAAGAUGAAGUUUGGCUGUAUGGGCGAUCCCGUGAAUCUUGCGAGUCGCCUGGAGGGCCUUUGCAAGACCUACGGUGUGGGGAUCCUUUGCUCCGCCGCGACCCGCGAGAAGCUGCCAGUGGCGGACGGUUUCAUUUGCCGGAAGCUGGACCUGGUGCAGGUGAAGGGCAAGAAGGAGCCGACCGAGAUUUAUGAG